GCACAAGGCUGAGUCUCAGCCUAUGGACCACCCAUCAUCCAUGCAAUCACAUGCAUCAGCAUAGAUGAAUCGGUGAUUAACGAUAAGUGGCGCGAAGUCGUCAGUUAGGUUCGACUUGAGAACUUCCAGCCUUGUGUAAGGCAUAAUAUUGAGCUGCAACACUGCACAAGUUCGCCUGUCGCCUGAUUGAAUGCAGCUGAACACUACAUAAGAGAGGUGUGUCCCAGCCUGAAUCGCUGCCUCGUCUCAUCCCACCAAGUGUCAGCCUCAUUCCAUUGCUGCUAUCCUAUAUUAUACUGCCACUUUGCAAUCCGGUGUCUGAAGUAAAGCAACCGGUCAAGCCACAUUCAUCACAAUGGAGCCUCUACGGAAAUGGAAAAGAACCAGGGAUGUUAUCAGAGCUACGCAACAAAUCGCAAGAAAGGGCGAUGAAUCACUUCAUCCUGACUAUAUUGACGCCGAAGAGCCACCCGAGGACGACUUCGAUCCAAGACCGUAUGGACCGCAACAAGGUAAUGCGUACAAUUCCCAGCAAGGCUAUCAGAACCAUCCACAAAAUGUGCAACACGCACAGUAUCCAAACAACCCCGGCCCCUACGGAGGUGCGCAUCAAAACCAGGCCUUUCCAUACAAUCAACAGCCAUACCAAAACGCGCAAUGGGCCUCUCAGACAGCGCAUCAAAAUCCCGUACAUCAUCAGCAGUCUGCAUACGCGGGCCAUCCGUCCUAUAACCAGGUGCCACAGAAUCAUGGAACACAGUAUGGCCGGCCAUCAUUCGAUUCGAAUCCCGGCUCCAAUGGCCAACAGUACGACUACAACCAGAACCCGAGCCAGCCAGGUUCAUCUCCCCCAAUGCCUCAAAACUUCUCAUCUCCGCCCUAUCAGCAGAGUCCACCACCACUUCAUUCAGCGUGGUCCGACCCCAACGUACCACAAUCCUCUCCACCAAACCCUCCAGAGCGUGCUUUGACUUAUCCACCUCCGGAUCGAGAAUCCAGUCCCUCUCUGCCAAGUCAGCGGACUUGGACAAUGCCAGUAGGUGGUACGUGGUGUGUGCACAAUAAUUACGUUGACGGGUAGGUGUCCCUCAUUUUUGAACAUGACACGGGAUCAUUCUGACUUGGAGUUAGGGUGUCCAAAUGCCCCCACUGUUACGGAUAACCAUAUCUC